AUGGCUGUGCACACUCCUCUGCCCCCCAACCUCCGCCGGGGCUUGGUGGCGUUCAGCAGCUCCCUCUUCAUCAACAACAAGACACGGGACAGCGGCGCUGCCCACACCUACCACCCAGCCCACGAGGUGCUGGCCAGCCUGCCCCUCCAGAUGAUGCUCUACUUCAAUGCCUACUACUUCCCGGUCUGGUGCCUGGCUGAGGGGAUGAUGCUGCAGCUGAAGUACCACCUGCUGCCUCGGCACUACCAGUUCCUGCUGGUCGCUGCCUUCCUCAUCCUCUCGCUGGCUGAGGGCGCCCGCCUCUACCUGGGCUAUGUGGGGAACCUGCAGGAGAAGGUGCCCGAGCUGGCCGGGUUCCUCCUCCUCUCCUUCCUGAUCCAGCUCCCCCUCCUGCUCUUCCUGCUGACGGACAGUCACGUCAUCCGCCUGCCGCUGGAGAUGGCUACGCACAGCCUUCUCCUGGCCUUCGUCGUCGCUGAGAUCGCGGCUGCCUUCCUUGCGCUGAAGACCAUGACCAAGCAGCUGGCAGCACAGUUCUACCUGCGGCAGUUCAAGGAGGGCGGCAGGGGACGGCCAGGGCAGGGGGGCACAUGGGGGCAGGCAGCUGAGGAGGGGUGA